AUGGAGAAUUUCGACGGACUCUGGGAAAACAUCAACGAGGCGCUGAAUGCAAUCGAAGUCUAUGAUGAUUAUCCCGAGGGAGAGGAAAGCUGUGGCAAGGAGCGUGCAGAGUAUGCUAACCGAUAUGAGGACUGCAAGACGAGAAUUUUGGAUCUACUGAAGCUGCUAGAGCAACCUGGUCAGGCCACUUCCGAUCGAGCACAGGGCUCUGGGAUGCAUGAUGUGGCGGAACACGUGCGUCUACCGCAGAUUAAGCUGCAAACCUUCGAUGGAAACAUCGACGAAUGGCUAAGUUUUCGUGACCUGUACACUUCGUUGAUUCACCUGAAAGCGGACUUACCUGAUGUCGAAAAGUUCCAUUAUCUGAAGGGCUGCUUGGCGGGGGAAGCCAAGUCGCUGAUAGAUCCACUAGCCAUCACCAAUAUCAACUACCAAGUAGCCUGGAAGACACUUAUGAAUCGGUACAACGACAGCAAGUUGCUGAAAAGACGUCAGGUUCAAACGCUAUUCAAAUUACCGUCUCUCGGGAAGGAGUCUGCUUCCGAACUUCAAUCGUUGCUGGAGAAGUUCGAACGUGUAAUCCAAACUUUGGAUCAAAUCGUCCAGCCAGCAGAUUACAAAGACUUGCUGUUGGUGGAAAUCAUGUGCUCCCGAUUGGACCCAACCACAAGGCGCUGUUGGGAGGAGAAUUCUGCUACAAAGGAGCAGGAUAAGGUGAAGGAUUUGAUCGACUUUCUGCAAACCAGGACCAAGAUUCUUGGAUCCCUUCCGUUGAAACCUUCCGAGAAAAGAGAAACGCCGAAGAUGCCUUCCCGAAAACCAUCGCUCACCCGAUCGAGUCACAAUGCAGUUUACAGCACUGGAUUACGCUGCUUAGCUUGUUCAGAAUCCCACCUGCUCUUCCAAUGCCCAGCGUUUCAGAGGAUGUCUGUGUCAUCUCGAGAUAAACUGCUACGGAGCCAUUCGCUGUGCAGAAAUUGUUUCCGACGUGGUCACCAGGCCAACGAGUGCACGUCGAAAUAUGUCUGCCGUAGUUGCAAGGGAAAGCAUCAUACACUAGUGUGUUUCCAUUCCGAAAAUACCUCUAGAAGAGGUGCCUCUGCUGAUCGACCUAGCACCAGUAGUGCACAGUUUUCCAGUGAGACUAAUUCUAACGCAGUCGAUACAACAGUGUCUUCCAAUAUGGCGAUCAACCACUCAGCUCCAGUAUUGCUGGCCACCGCCAUCGUUCUAGUGGAGGACGAUGAAGGAGUAGCUUUUCCAACUCGGGCGCUCCUAGAUUCAGGAUCGGAAUGUAAUUUCAUGGCAGAGCGCCUCUGUCAGAAAAUGAAGAUUAAACGAAAGCGCUCGAACAUCGACGUUGUGGGAAUCGGACAGUCUAAUAUGAAGGUGCGACAUCGCGUUGAAGCUAAAAUCAAGUCGCGAAUUUCACCAUUCUCGCAGAGCAUGGAGUUUCUCAUUCUUCCGACUGUUACGUCGAAUCUUCCAGCUACAACUGCUAUCGAUCUGGUGAUUGGAAUCCAACAUUUCUUCGAUCUCAUCAAAUCCAGAAAGAUAUCCUUGGGAAAUGGGCUCCCGACGUUGAAUGAUUCUGUUUUUGGCUGGAUUGUUUCUGGUAUGGUCAACGAUGCCGGAGCUGUAGUCCAAAAAUCCUGCUACACAGCAAUGGCUACCGGUUUCGAGGAGCUGAUUAAUCGGUUUUGGAGCUGCGAAGAAUUGGAAACCAGCAACAACUAUUCCCCAGAAGAGGAGAGAUGCGAGGAGCAUUUCAAGCGAACCGUGCGGAUAUCCGAAAAUGGACGGUACACCGUAUCGUAUCCAAGGAACCAUGACAAAUUAGUCGAAUUGGGCGAGUCAAGGGACAUUGUGGUUCGACGACUUUUAUGGUUGGAACGUAGACUGGAUAGGGAUCCAGAGCUACACGAACAGUACAAGCAGUUCAUGGUGGAGUACGAACAACUCGGGCACAUGCGUAAGGUGGUCGAUACAGGGAAAGAGGGUGCCCUCCAAAGGUGUUUCCUUCCACACCAUCCAGUUGUCAAACAGGACAGCACAACGACUAAGGUUAGAGUUGUAUUCGAUGCAUCAUCCAAAACACGUUCAGGAACGUCUCUCAACGAUGCCUUGCUGGUAGGGCCAGUAAUCCAGGACGAUCUACGAUCAAUCAUCCUACGUUGUCGCAUGGUACGCAUCAUGUUGGUUGCCGAUGUUGAGAAAAUGUUCCGCCAAAUUCUCAUAUGUCAAGACGACAUUCCUCUCCAAACCAUUUUGUGGCGGACAGAUGAACAAUCCGAAAUCCAAUGGUAUGAGCUAACCACUGUUACUUACGGUACCAAACCUGCUCCCUAUCUAGCUACGCGCACGCUGCAGCAACUAGCUGAAGAUGAGCAACUCCAAUUCCCUAUGGCGGCAAGGGCUGUCAAGAAGGACGUGUAUAUGGAUGACGUCCUGACUGGUACGAACACCGAAGAGGAAGCUAUGGAGCUGAGGACCCAACUUGAUUCGAUGCUAUCCAAAGGUGGAUUUUCGUUGAGGAAAUGGGCGUCGAAUUGUCCAAAAGUAUUGGAAGGCAUUCCCAAGGAAAAUCUAGCGAUCGCCAAUACCGAAGAAGUAUCGCUAGACCCCGACCCAUCCGUGAAAACCCUAGGUUUGGUUUGGUUACCAGGAACCGAUCGUAUCAAAUUCCGCUUUAAGGUCGGUAUUCCAAAUUUUGACGAGGAUCUGUCAAAACAAUCAGCGAAGGUUCAUUUGCAUAUCUUCUCGGAUGCCUCAGAGCGUGCAUAUGGAACAUGUGCGUACACCCGGAGCGAGAAUCACAAAGGAGAAGUUUGGGCUGCUUUAUUGACAUCAAAAUCCAAGGUGGCACCGUUGAGGCGCCAAUCAAUUCCCCGGCUGGAGCUAUGCGGAGCAUUGCUUUCCGCGCAGUUGGCAGAGAAAAUCCUAGAGUCGAUCCAGGUUCCAAUGGAGGUGUUCUUUUGGUCCGACUCAACUUGCGCUCUCCAAUGGAUUAAGGGAAAUCCUUCAAUGUGGACAACAUUCGUUGGCAAUCGUGUAGCCAAGAUCCAACGAAUAACCGAAAAAUAUUCAUGGAACCAUGUUGCCGGAGUGGACAAUCCGGCGGACCUAAUAUCCCGAGGUAUUGGACCCGAUCAAAUCCAUACCUGCACACUAUGGUGGGAAGGCCCACCAUGGCUCAAGAAGAUGAGAGAAGAAUGGCCAAGUUCAUCAGCAACUCCCGUUGCACAAGAUGUUGAAGCAGAGUUUCGUUCAACAGCACAUUGUGCUAAUGAAAAGCCCGAAGGUUUUGUGGGCUGGUACAUUUCCAAGUUCCCUUCGUACACAGAUGUGCUGAGGCGAACAGCAAUCUGGCAGCGUUUGAUUCGAAUACUGCGGAAGGAGCCGAAAUCACUAUCAUACGCAAACUUCAACAGGAAGAAUUCUCGAGCGAAUGGAAAUCUCUUUCUCUGA